AUGGAGUUAUGGUACUUCGCUCUGGUCUCAUCACUAGUAGAACCUAUCGCUGUGGUCCUAAUCCGCCGCGGUGACGUCACUGUCGUCAACAAAAGUGAAUUUCCCGUCCGGCCACGCGACGGCGGACAAACGAGAACAAUAAAGACGGCGAUUUUGUGCAUUAAGAUCUAUGACAAUGGCCGAUUAUCCGUUUGUACGUCUCUCGCACAAUCGAGGCGUGGCAUUGUCUGCGAGGGGCCAUUGUUCCCGCGGCGUGGACGGCUCGCUCCG